AUGUCGCCUUCCCCUCGCCACCCCCGGGGCCGCAGCCGCCGCCAGCGAGCCCCGAGCUCAGUGUCGCUCAAACCUCCCCUCCCGGCCCCGCUCGGCCCUCCCCCCGCGCCCCGCAGACCCUUUCAAACCCCCUGGGCUCGCGGCGGCUGCUCGGUGAGGAAACGCUGGCCGCGGCUGGGGCCGGGGCGACGCGGCUGCGAGCGGGGCGGCGGCGAGGCGCCCGGUACGGUGAGCCGAGCAACGAGGCGCGGGCGGGCGCGCAGAGACGCCGGGUCCUCGCGGAGCACGGCCGGGGCGCGGCGGCGGCGGUGGCAGCGGGAGCCCAGGGACCGCUCCAUCACUGGCAGCCAUGGAGCCCGAGCAUUUUCCUCCCUCAGGGCAGGCGCCUCGACUCGGCACACGUCCUCGGGGAGGAAGGGGCCGGCGCCCGAGCCUCUCCGGAGGGCGGUGGGACGUGCGCUAGGGCGGAGGGUGCAACCCUCUCUUGUCCUCUUCCUCAGCAGCCGGCUCUUCCUCACCCCGCUGCUCCCGCGACCGGGCGGGAGGGGGCCGCAGGCGGCGGCGGCUCCUUUCUCGGCGGCGUUGGUGGCCAGACGGGCUGGUGCAGCGACUGCAGCCGACGCCGUUCAAAGGAACGAGGUGGGGUUGGUCGGUGUCGGCAAACGGGGCGGGGGAGUGGGUGCCGAGGGAGGGUGUCGGGCGGGGAGGGGGCUGUGGUGGUUGUUACUAGUGCUCUUCUUCGGCUCCCCCGGCUCCACCGUAUCCCCCAGUCUCUCGCGGCAUCGGGAGGGGAGGGACCAGCGCGGAGCGCAGGAGGAGGAGGGGCGACCGCCCGCGAGAGGAGGCGGUGGUGGCUGGGGGGAGGGGGCAGGCGGAGGAGAAGGAGGGAAGAUGGCGUCUGCGCAUGCGCCUCGGCGCCGCAGACAUAAAGCCGGGUCUGGCGGGGCAGGAGGCGGCGGGUCUUCGGGCCUAGGCGAGCGCCGGGUCUCCCGACGGAAAUUACCGAAGGCUGGCAGAGGCGCCGAAGCCGGGAGUGGUGGAGCCGGAGGGGAUAGUGGGGGUGGGGAAUUCCGGCAGAAGGAGCGAAUCCGGGUCGGACUGCGUGAUUCGGCCCGGUGGGGGUGGGCAGGGUGCGCGCCUGCUGCGCGCCCAGGUUAGGUGUGUCCGCUCUUUUCACACUCGCGGCCGGCGCGCGCGGGCACGCGGCAGAGGAGGGGGCACGGCGCGGAAGGGCCGGCGGAGGCGGCGGGAGCGCCGGCGCUUGGUGUGCGCGCCCUGGGUGGUGUCCCCCGCCUGCGGAAUGGGUAAUGAGGCUUUUCUCCGCAGCAACAGCAUCACGAGUUUCAGUUCCCAGGAGCCCGCCGCCGCGGCUGCUGCCGCUGCCACGACAUGAGUCAGGCUUUCUUCCCUGGCGCGUGGCGGAAACCUCCUCCCCCUCGCCGCACCUGGGCUCGCCCCCGGCCCUUGCCUCCUCGGGGGAUGCCCUAGGGCUGGGAGCUGUGGGGUCUACGGAAGGCCGGUGGCUCCCGGUGAUAGGUGUUGUCUUUUGUGCAGUGCAGUUGCUGCCAUGCGGUCCCCUCGCCCUUCCACGGGCAGGGGCGAGGCGGCCGGGCAGAUGUUGCAGCUGUUUCCAGUUAACUGCCUGAGCUCCUCUGGGGUAGGCUCUUCUCUAACGAGGAGUGGUAGCAAUCCAUCCUUAACUGGAAGACAGAAGCAGGCCGGCCCUGUAAUCGACUGACCUCAACAGGUGUCUCCAAACAGCGACGCCUUUUUCGUUCAUCGUCCUGGCUAUAUCCCCCAUUGGUUUGACUCAGGAGGCAAGGUGGUCCGGACAUGUGAGCAACACAAAUGAUAAGAAUGCCUUUUAGGGCUAGAAAAGAAAAAGCCAUCCGAAAUUCCAGUUUUAAAACACACACAUACACACACACACGUUACAUUUCAUGGGUCCAACUGUAGUUCUACAGAAGCAAUGUUAGGUUUGAUUGGGGGCAAUUUACUGGCGGUUACUUUCUUGGUAUUUCAUGUCAAAACCUAGUUCUAAGCGUUUCUUACCAAUAAUCGAGAAUGUAAGUCUCUCCCAAGAAUUUAAAAAUGAUAAAGCAAGCCGAAAAACUGUAGGGAGGAAUUUUCAUUUUGUUAAAUUUAGGUUGUUAGGGGAAUCAACGCUUAUGGUUAGACCUCUGAUUCAGGAAGUCUCACGGAUUUACAUUCCUAUUUCAGAAGAUUGUUAAAGCAAAAACGAUUGUCAUUUGCAGUUUUGAUACACCUCUAGUUGUCAGUUCAACUUUUUACCUUUAGUUUUCUCUGAACUCUUCCCCUUGCUCCAAGGGGAAGCCUUCAAAAAGUGAAUUAUGUCACCAUUUGCAUGUUAUUGAAUAGAAGUGCACUCUUAACAUCCCAUUUAUCCAGUGUCAAAGCUAUGAUACAUUGUUGCUUUAUGUGGGGUCUCCCACACUGAAAAGAAAAACCCGGACUUCAUUUAUUUAUUUAUUUUUUACUUUAUAUUGCUAAUGUAAACCUCUGCUAGAAGUAAAUAGGCUCUCGCAAAUAUUCAACGUGAUACAGUAAUAAACAUCAAAUAUGUUUGAGAAGACUACUUGUUCUAUGAUAUUAAUAUGUGAUUGGUUGUGUUUUUAUAGAACUAUGGCUAUUUGUGUUUUCACAAAAAUAAUUAUUUCUUUUUUACUUCUUGAGCUUUUGUUGCAAGUGAUAUGCCUGGUUAAUCGCUGCCAUCCAUUGUUGAAAUGCAAAUUUGACAUUCUUUUUCAAUAGUUUUUGAAUGGAAAAUAGAAACUACUCUAACCGAUUGAAACUGCAAUGGAAUGUAGAUGGGUGGAAUGUCCUUUCUUUGGACUGCAGUAUGAAAGAAAAUGCUCUUGAUCUCUCAAAAUGUAGCCUUAAGUCAAAGGUUUUUUGUUUUGUUUUGUUUUGUUUUUUAAGUCAAAGUUUUAAAUUACCCCAAACAGCAGCUGUACACCCUUUGGGCCACCUAAAUAACUCACUAUGAUUGUGCUGAUAUGGUUUGACGCUUAAUAAACACAUAUAUUAAAGUCUUACCCAAAGCUGAUAGAGUAAAAGAGCUGUUGAGAUAGCCCUCUGGAAGCAGAUACUUGUUCUAAUGACCAGUAGCAAAGGGUACUGUUUGAGCUGUUUUGAUGGGGGAGGAAGGGUUGGGGUGUUAUUCCCUUUAAAAUAAAGGUUUUAAAAAAAUCCAGAAUUUAAGACGUAAGAAAAUAAGAUCUUUUGAAGUGUAUUAAUUUUUGCCUGCCAUAUCACUUUCAAACUCCUGCUUAGGCUGCAUCAAGUCCCACUAAGAUAUAAAGAGCAAGUCGGCCGGGUGCGGUGGCUCGUGCCUAUAAUCCUAGCACUUUAGGAGGCUGAGGCGGGCGGAUCACGAGGUGAGGAGAUCAAGACCAUUCUGGCUAACGCGGUGAAACCCCGUCUCUACUAAAAAUACGAAAAAUUAGCUGGGCGUGGUGGCAGGUGCCUGUAGUCCCAGCUACGUGAGAGGCUGAGGCAGGGGAAUGUCGUGAACCUGGGAGGCGGAGCUUGCAGUGAGCCGAGAUCAGGCCACUACACUCCAGCCUGGGCGACAGAGCGAGACUCCGUCUCAAAAAAAAUAAAAAUAAAAAAUAAAAAGGGCAACUCUACAGUUAGGGAAAUCUGAGUUUCAAAAAUCUGGGUCUCUCCCCCUCCAAAAUUCUUACGACAGCAAUAUAUGAACACAAAUACAUUAAAACAAGGAGAAGGCACCUCAAGAGCCAGAUUUUGUUAUACUAUCAUCUUUUAAUUAAAAAGGUCUGGAUUUUUAUUAUAUAAACAUUAAAUGCCGACUGCUAUGUAUAAUAAAGUCAUUAAAUCCUUUAAACCAAGUA